UCGCCGGGGGCGGGGCCGCGGGGCGCCUGCGCGGGGCGCGGCGGCGGCCGGGCGUCUCCUCAUGGGGCCGGGAGCGCGGCGCCAGGUGUAGCGCAGGCGGCUGGCGGCGAGGAGGGGGCAACGCAGGAGGAAAGAAACUGGAUGGCUUCUACGGUGAGCCUGGGUAAAGACACAUUGUUGGAAGAUGGAAUGCCACCUGCAAAAAAGCCCAGGUAAAUUUAACUAUACUCCAGCGAAUUUCUUCUCCUAAGAGCUUUUUCUGUAAUCUUGCAUCAUCCUUUAGAGAGAAUGACGUUUGGCACAAAGCUUUAGCAGUCGUUCGUUCCAGUUGCUGAGCCGAGAGCUGUGUGCUGUCCCUGGCCCUGCCCUCUAACGAGUGUUCUCCUGCCCUGCGUGGAACAAAGGCCUUAAUGCCAAGCAUGUACCAAAGAACUGCUUUGCUGCUUGUUUUCUUAACCCCUAAGGCAGGAUGCAUGGUUGCACAGAAAGCUGGCUUCUCUGCGCUGUCUCUGUGGUUUUGUUUGGUGUUAACCCUCACUCAGGUGCUGCCCACCCCUAGCACCAGGCCUCUUUGUGGCAGUUGUGCUUCUGCACUCCGCCUGGACGGUGGCUCCGAGGAGGGCUGGCAGUUACUCAAAUUACUUUGACUUCGCUGCACGUGAGGGCUAAAUAACUCCCCUCUCGAGGCUGCCUGCGCUGAUAAGGAGGUCCUCCUGCAGUCCUCUGCGUGGGGACCUGCUCCGUUUUGAGCGUGGCGCUAACUCUGGGCAUACCUCCGCUUCUCUCCAGCCAAGGUUGUUACUGUGGCUGCUGUGAUGGGCUUAGCUCUGGAAUUAAGACAUACCUGCAGAUCGUGGACACCCGCAAAGGAGAAGCUGAUUCAUCUAGGGAGUUGUCUUCCACUCACCUGAUUUAUUUAUGGGUUCCGGAGGGCUGGAGUGCACUUUCUGUCUCUUCUGGCCUUUGUCUCCAGUUUGGCCCAGUGAAUGAAAUGAGCAGGAGAGGCUGCGUGGGUGUUUGUCCUUGCUGAGGACAUCACGAGUCUGUUUGUCAGUGCAGGAAAAGAAUGUCUCUUCUUGGGUAUUUGUUACCUGUUGGCUUUCAGCACCUAAGUUUCUAGUUGUGUUUCUGUAGUAGUUCAUUAGCACGAAUCCUGUGUUUGGAGGUGAGACUUGCAGUCCCCAAACUAAAACCCGCUAAAUCUAGAACUGGUUCGCAGCAGCUAACGGUGAAUUCCUUCUGAAGAAAAGGUUAACUCGUUUGUUUUCUUAGGCAGUAGAGGAGAAAAAGCAAAGCUCCAUCUGCGGGGUGUCUGUUUCCUUUCCCAUUCUUGCAGAGGAUCACGUUUGCAGAUAAAAGCAGUCCUUCCAAGCCGGCUGCCUCCCCGGGCUGCUGCUUUGCUCAAGGCUGAGGUUCUCUGGGAAGUUGCGGCCCCUCCCUGCCUCACAAAAGCAGCUUGCCGCCAGGCUGCCUUUAGGCACAACAGGAUGGGGAGAAGUAUGUGCACUUAAGGAAGGUUUGAUAGCAUCAAAUUUAAAAGCACGGUACAGGUGUGAAGCCAGGAACAAGGAAGAGGGGAGGAGGAGCAGGUAAGGAGCAUAUAGCCAGGCAGCCCUUUGAUUAGACUCCUCUUACGACGUGGCCUUGUAAAAGAUUGGCCUCGAGCGUCCCGCUGACACUGAGAACAUAACAGGGAAGGGAUUUCUGGCACAGCAACGCCCAGGCUUAGCAGUCCUCUCAGCAAGGAGGGUUGGGGUGUGGGAAGGGCCUUUCCAGGGCAGAGCGCUGGGAGGAAGCCCCCGCUUCCUUUUUUUUGUGCUGCUCUAAAGAGGGCUGCUGUCUUCAGCCCCCCCUUGGCCCCUGUCGCUUAAAGGCAGAGGAAGCUUUGUGGUGUCGGGCACCUGUUUGGGCUGGGCACAGUGAUGGCUGUGUUCGCUCCUCACGGGGCUCUGAUUGUGCUUUCCUGAUGCAGGACGAGGCCUUAAACCGGCCCGUGUGUUAAAAGCGCCCCUGCAUCGACGAGUAACUUUCUGUGUUGCUCACCGCAUCUUUUGCAGUGUCUCCAGCUUUUCUGUUAGCUUCCAGUUACUGUCAUUCACAAGACUUCUGGCCCUCCCGACCUGCAAAAUUCAAGGGACUUAGCUGUGCUUCAGAAGUUGUGCUGCGCGGCCUUGGCCUUCCCUGGGACGUCGCACUUCCGUACCGUGUAGCCGUGAGCAUCUGAUACCGACCUGUGGAGCUGGGCUCCGCCUUUAGGGGACACCGAGUUGCCUCUCUUCGGUUUAUCGGAGAACCCUAGUGGACGUGCUGAUGCAAAAUUUAGGCAGUCUUGUCCUUGGUCUGCAUGUGCCGUGACCCAGGACAUCCCUCGGUGUAUGAUGCUGCCAGCUGUGCUGCUUUCCCCUCUUGCAGGAAGCUGCUGCCAAGCCUAAAGACCAAGAAGCCUCGGGAGCUUGUUCUGGUGAUUGGGACAGGAAUUAGCGCAGCGGUCGCUCCCCAAGUCCCAGCACUGAAGUCUUGGAAGGGGUUAAUCCAGGCCCUCCUGGAUGCUGCUAUUGACUUCGAUCUUCUGGAAGAUGAAGAGAGCAAAAGGUUUCAGAAGUGUCUCCACGAAGACAAGAACUUGGUUCACGUUGCCCAUGACCUUAUCCAGAAGCUGUCUCCGCGCACGAGCAAUGUUCGCUCAACAUUUUUCAAAGACUGUUUAUACGAGGUGUUUGAUGACCUGGAAUCUAAAAUGGAAGAUUCUGGCAAGCAGCUGCUUCAGUCUGUGCUUCACCUAAUGGAAAAUGGGGCACUCGUGUUAACCACGAACUUUGAUAACCUGCUGGAACUGUAUGCGGCGCACCAGGGGAAGCAUCUGGAGUCUCUUGACCUGACGGAUGAAAAGAAGCACGUAAUUCAACGCUUGAAGAGGUCGGAAGCAAUCCUAGAACAGGAGCCGCAGGAGACCUUAGUGCUGGAGUGGGCGCAAGAGAAGAGGAAGCUCAGCGUCCUGCAUAUCCACGGCGUGUACACGAACCCGAGCGGCAUAGUGCUGCACCCGGCCGGGUACCAGAACGUGCUGCGCAACACGGAGGUCAUGCGAGAGAUUCAGAAGCUGUAUGAAAAUAAGUCAUUCCUAUUCUUGGGCUGUGGUUGGACUGUUGAUGACACCACGUUUCAAGCCCUGUUUUUAGAAGCUGUGAAGCACAAGUCAGACCUGGAGCACUUUAUGCUCGUGCGGCGAGGAGAUGUGGAUGAGUUCAAGAAGCUCCGCGAGAACAUGCUGGACAAAGGGAUUAAAGUGAUUUCCUAUGGAGAUAACUACGCAGACUUGCCUGAGUACUUCGAGAGGCUGACGAGUGAGAUCGCCAUGCGGGGUCGGACAGGUGUGCUUAAGGAGGGACAGCAGCUGAAUGGCUCCGCCGCUGCCCGCGACGAGAUAAAAGGAUGCAGCACCUGAGCGUCGGCCUUGCCCAGGAGCAGUGCCGCAGAACCUCCCUGGGACGGGACCAGCAGGAGCCAGCAGCUCCGUGGAAGCGUGCAGCCUCCAAGGUCAGUCCAAGGGAGGAGCAAAGCCCCGUCCAGAGCCGCUGCUCUCGCCCACACGCACUGAGACUCGCAGAGACACAUCAGGCACGGGACAGAGGGCCGGGCCGUUUCCUCAGACUGCUGCCUGAUUUAAUGUAGUAACUGUCUUUUUUUUUAAUCAAGGGUGCGUUUGCCUGGGGACUGUUUUCUCCCCACCUCAAGUGCAGCCUCCUGUAAUUUCACACUUAGUGCUUUUGUAUUCUGUACUUUCACUUUAAAAUGAAACUUGAGCUUUUUUUUUUUUUUUUUUUACUUGAAGCUCUAGUUUUCUAGUCCUUUCUUUGUACUGUACAGUAUUUUGUAUGUUGAAGCUUGUAUUAAAGGCCUGUUCAGCUGC